ACUUUGCCCCAGUUGGAGCAGCGGCUCAGACACAGACCGAUCCCGGAGCAGGAGCGAGCGGAGCCUGGGACAAUGCGUUCGGGACAGCAAGCUCAGGGGGGAAAACUGUUCGGGUUAAUGAAAGCGCAACAGGAGGAGAGGCUGCAGGCCGUCAACCAGGAAUUUCUGGAAGAUGAGAAAUAUAAAGAUGAAGAAACUCUGGCAGAAAAUCUGGAAUCUUUCAAAAAGAAGUACAUGGAGUUUGACCUCAAUGACCAAGGUGACAUUGAUCUGAUGGGCCUGAAGCAGAUGCUGGAGAAACUGGGAGUGCCUAAGACCCACCUGGAGGUGAAGAAGCUGAUUGCUGAAGUGACAGGAGGUAGCAGCGAGACCAUCUCCUACCGCGACUUUGUCACCAUGAUGCUGGGCAAACGAUCCGCCAUUCUCCGAAUAAUCAUGAUGUUCGAAGGAAAAAGUGAGGCUGAUGGUGCGAAGCCAGCAGGCCCCCCUGCAAAGAGAGACAUUUCUAGCCUUCCCUAACGCCGCGCAAGGAGAUGAGGGACUGGGGAUGAAGACGGUGCGUCUCUUGCUUUGUAAAUACUCCAGCUCCAUGCUUCAUCCUGACCCGAGGAAGUGGGGAGGGGAGGGAGUGGGGGGUAGGUGGGGUGGAAUUAAGAACAAACUGAACUCAUCGCAGCUCCUGUCAAUCAGUUCUGUACUCCCUGGGGGUGGGGUGCGGCGGGGGUUGGCGUUUACUGUCCAACAGAACCGCUGACCGGCGUGAGGUGAAAACCCUGUGGAUGCUGCUGGCAUCCAUUCGGCCACAGUGGCAUCGCACUCUCAGUUUGGGAAUCAGAGGGCCCUGGGUUUGAAUCUCCCCUACCCCAGAAGCAGGACACCUCCACCCAGCCUGAGGCUCUGAGGGCAGUGCUGAGGGAGUGCUGCGUUGCCCACGGUACUGACCCUGAGAUGGGGCUUUGAGUCGAUUCUCCCACUGGCUCGAGGACCAAAAUGCCACUGAACAAAAGUCGGGUGCGAUUUUCUCCUUUCUGUCGCUCUGCUCAGUAUCGACUCUUCAUGCAACACACAACCGUUUGUCCAGAGGAAAAAAAUGAGCGUGUUUGUCUGCUUUGCAAUUGGAACCUCUGUUAGUGGGAUCCUGCUGUGCAGAAAUGGCUCUCGUACUUGCUGCAGAGUGAAAGGCAUGGCGUUUCAAAUUCACUUGAUUGGCUGCUCGAAAGUACCCAGAACCCUGAAGCUAUUUGAAAUGCUGGUGGGAGUUAUCUCGGUGUGUUCACCGGCUGCGUUAUAUUCAGCAUCCAACACAUUUCUCCUGGCCAGCCCUGCGUGGAAAUUGGAGCUGAGGUGGGCCGGUGGAGGCGUGUCUAUCAGAAAUAAUGCAACUCUGUAAAUCCAGAGUCACCAUCGCAGAAAGGGGCCAUUUGGCCCACCCAUGGGCAUGUUGAUCUUUAAGUCCACACGAAUCCACUCCAGAUUAUUUCACCCAGACAGACCUGUGUCUGGCAGUAAAUUGCCCAGUCAGAGGUCAAUGUCUCACUCUGUCAACCAGACAGUGGCCGUCUCCAACAUUCAAACACCGCCCCUCGGCGUUCGAUGGUGUUACUAUCACUGAAUCCCCUCACUAUCAACAUCCUGGGGUUGGAAUUGACCAGAAACUCAACUGGACUUACCGCAUAAAUUCCAGCUACAAGAGCAGGCCAGAAACUGGGAUUCCUGCAGUGAGUAACUCCCUUCCUGACUCCCCAAAGCCUGCCCACCAUCUACAAGGCACAAGCCAGGAAUGUGAUGGAAUACUCCCCACUUGCCUGGAUGGGGGCAGCCCCAACAUCACUCAAGAAGCUCGACACCAUCCAGGACAAAGCAGCCGCUUGAUCGGCACUACAUCCUCAAGCAUCCCACUCCCCCCACCAUUGACGCUCAGUAGCAGCAGUGUGUACUGUCUACAAGAUGCAGAAAUUCACCAAAGACCCUCAGGCAGCACCUUCCAAACCCACGACCACUUCCAUCUAGAAGGACAAGGGCAGCAGAUAUAGGGGACACCACCCCCCUGCAAGUUCCCCUCUGAGCCCCUCACCAUCCUGACUUGGAAAUGUAUCACUGUUCCUUCAGUGUCACUGGAUCAAAAUCCUGGAAUUCCGUCUCUAAGUGGAUCACCCUACAGCGGUUAAGAUGGCAGCUCACCCCCACCUUCUCAAGGGGGCAACUAGGGAUGGUAAUAAACAUGGCUCAGCCAGGGACACCCACAUCCUCUGAAUGAAUAAGAGCAGAGCGCAAUGUUCUGCUCCUUUCUCCAUCAUAUUCGUUCAGUUUCACCUUAAACACAGCUUUGUAUAUCGCUUUAACCACUCCCUACGGGAGUGAGCUCCACAUUUUCCCUACUCUCUGGGUGAAGAGAUUUCACAUUAGUUUCUGGUUGGGUUUAUUCGUCACCAUCUGGUGUUUAUUGCCGCUCGUUCUCUUGAUUUCUCCCACAAGAGGAAUCUUUUCUCAGAUCCCCCCCCUGGACAGUUGGGUCUUUUGGAGGGGCUGUGUCGGAUUUCUCUGGGUUGAUUAUUAUUGAUGGAUGGAACCUCUGUGAUGCUGUCGUGCUUGGGGGGUUUUUUUUUAUGCUUUGCUCUGUGCCUCAGUGGUCUUUGAGUAAUGAAUGACUAGGUGCAGGACACUGCUGAUUUCACUCUUUAACUCCCGCUAGACGAGCGAAAGAGAUAGGAGAAAAAGUAGGCCAUUCGGCCCAUUGAAGCAGCAUUCAGUGAGUUUGUGGCUGAUCCACUUUCCGCCCCUUUCCCUCUAACCCUUGUUUCCUUGUCUAGAAGUGUCUCUCUCAGCCUCAGAUAUACUAAACGACAUUCACAGCCCUCUGUGGGGAAAAGGACUCCACAGGUAUACUCCCCUCUGGGAGACAAAAUUCUGCCUCAUCUCGGUCUGUUUCUUCAUGCCCCCAAUGUACACUGCAUUCCUGCUCUCCAACUUUAUCGACUUUUGCAAUGGAAGAUUUUUUUUGAUGACCAAAUAUAUAUGGCAGCAAAUGGCAAACUCUGUGUAAGGACUCGUGUUCUGGAAUGUUCAGAUUAUUCAUUUAAGACUCAAUAAUAAAGUUGUCAGGGUUUUGUA